GCUCGACUGAAAGUACAUAUCAACAUGGCGGUCGCAGCUGAAAGGUUGAAUAGCACACGUGUGGCUGUUAGACACAGAUUCUACUAAACAGGACGAAAUGAUGCCUUACCCAAGAUACACUUACACAAGAUAGUCAAGGAAACACUAUAUAUCAUUCGUGGUCAACUUCCUCAAGUAGCUGGGAUUCCUGUGCACAAAAGUUGUUGAUAGCGCCAGUCUCCCGCCUUCCGCUUGGUGAUUCCCGAAUGGUUCGAAUGUCAGGGAAACGUGCCAGAACCUGACUUCUAAAAGCAAAGUCACAAUUUGUGCACAAACUUCUUCACCAUCUUUCAGUUUGCAUCAUGGCUCUUCUGUUUAGAGGGGAAUCGAGGUGGAAGAUUCUGUCGCAUCCGCUGUUUUGGUUAAAAGUUGCAGAGAUCGUGUUUCCUCUCUUUAUGUUUCCAUAUUGCAUCACUUAUAACCAACAAGGAGGAGUGUAUGUACAUGACCAGAGCAAGUCCUGUAACAUCACCCUGAAAUAUCCAUUCAAGUAUGACAACAGCACCGCAGUGUGCAGCCAAGAAGAUGCCCCACCCAUGUUUAGUUUUGACACAGCCAUUAGUGUUUGUGCACAGUUCUUUGUGGGUGUGGCUAUUUCGAGUGUUCUAGUAGCAGCCAUUAUGGUUGUUGUCUCAAUUGUUGUACACAAGAAUGGGGCAAAGGCCCGUAUCGUUAUCACAGUGGAACUGUUCCUGGACAUACUGGUGUCUUUCCUCCUUGUGAUUAGUACAAGUCUUUGGCUGUACAAUUUGCUAAACCUCAAAAAGAAAGUGAAUAAUGAACUGUUGUACAUUGCUAAUGUUGUGGAGAGAAGUCACUGCUUUGGACCUAACUACGAGAAGUGCAUACCAACAGAAUACGAGCCAGAUUACUCUGUGCUUUUUGUUUCCCUUGGUUUUGGAUAUCUCACAUUUGUCAUUUGGCUGGUGAAUACAGUGGCUGUCUACCGAGAUCUCCUUGAUUUAAGACACAGAGAGCCUGAUGCAUCACUCAUUUGGACGCAGGAACUUCCAGAAACGUCAAACUCAUGAUAAAGAUCUCGUGAAUCCCAAGUGGUGGGGAAGAAGUCCUAAAUUGGCUUGGUUACCAGCUAUGGUAUUCAAUACACCCACAAGUAAUCAUGGUGCUAGGCUAGCAAUUGUAUAGUUUCAUCUGAUCAUAAACAUGACACUUGAAUUUUAAUGCCAAAAAUUUUAUGAUGAAACAUCGCUUAAAGCUUAGAUUAAAAUGGCAGCAGGUAAGCCUAGCAUGUUCUUGAACUCUCUACUUUGCCAACCUUUUAUUUGAACGCUUUGCUAUGCUACUACACUGGAUAAUAUACCAAUAUUUUGACAAAAACCUCUAGAUCUUUGUUCCACAUUUCGUACAUACAACAGAACAGUAUGGUACUCAAUCGAUCAGUAGUAACAUCUUAUACAGUUAUAACAGAAUAACUUCCAAAAGAUGAGAUUCCUUUGUAUCUACCAUAAUAUAAAAACAAUAUAUAAUAAAAAUAAGAAAAUCUCGUUUAUUUUCACACCUAAUAAUAGUCUAUAAUAAAAAAUAAAGAUUAAUCUGUUUUGGCUAA